CUUCCGGUCGAAGACGCCUGCAGUCGGAGAGAGCGAGUGCUCAAUCUAUGACAUGAAGAUUUAACUGCUAUAUCUGAAAGUGCGGACAGCCAGAAAUCCGCCGCGAUGGAUAUACCGGUUCCUCCUGAAGACCAGGAGUUGAGGAAUGUCAUCGACAAACUUGCACAAUUUGUGGCCCGGAAUGGCCCUGAAUUUGAGAAAAUGACAAUGGAGAAACAGAAAGAAAACCCCAAGUUCUCUUUUCUGUUUGGAGGCGAAUACUAUAAUUAUUACCAGUACAAACUGGCAAUCGAGCAGCAAUUGUUGUGUAAUCCAUCGGGGCAGGAAAGUGAACCUCCAGCUGCAGCCUCUGUGCCAGCUCCAAUUCCAGCCCCAGUUCCACCCCCUGCCUCCACAGCUGUGCCAGUCCCAGCUCCUGCCCCAACUCUAACUCAGCCACCCACACCUCCAGCUCCUGGCCAGCCACAGUUAGAGGAGCUGAUUCAGCAGAGUGUAUGGAACCUACAACAGCAGGAACAGCAUCUCCUCGUGCAAAGACAGGAACAAAUAACUGCAGCAAUUGCCUUGGCAAUGGAGCAACAAAUACAGAAGCUCCUGUCAGAGACACAGCUGGACAUGACUGAAUUUGACAGCCUAUUACAGCCCAUUAUCGACAGUUGUACCAAAGAUGCCAUUUCAGCCGGUAAGAACUGGAUGUUUAAUAACGCAAAAACUCCACAACAUUGUGAGCUGAUGUCUGGCCACCUGAGAAACCGUAUCACAGCUGAAGGAGCUCAUUUCGAACUCCGCCUUCAUCUGAUCUACUUGAUAAAUGAUGUGCUGCAUCACUGUCAGCGGAAACAGGCCCGAGACCUGCUCGCAGCCCUACAGAAAGUCGUGGUUCCUAUUUAUUGCACCAGCUUCCUUGCAGUGGAGGAAGACAAACAACAGAAGAUUGCACGGCUGUUGCAACUGUGGGAGAAGAAUGGUUACUUUGAUGAGUCCAUUAUUCAGCAGUUGCAGAGCCCAGCUCUUGGACUUGGACAGUACCAGGCCUCUUUAAUCACAGAGUUUGCUGCUGUGGUUCAGCCCAUUCAGAUGGCAUUCCAGCAACAGAUCCAGAGCUUGAAAGCCCAUCACCAAGAGUUUGUGGACAGUCUCACCAAACAUCAACAUCAACCACCCCAGCCUCCACCCCAGCCUCAGCCCCAGCCCCAACCCCAGGCACAGCCCCAAACACUGCUGGAACCUGAGGCUCCACCACCACACAUCCCAAUGCCUCCGAGCCAAGAUCUGCCAGCGCUCUCACCAACUGAGACACAAGAUGAGGCCAAGCCCCCACUUUCCCUCCCUGAAAAUGUGCCAAGUGGAGGGCAAGAACUCAGUCCAGCAGGACAGCGAGGACCUGGGCAACAUGAGCACUCGUCUUCUAAGCCACCAUGGUUCGAACGUCCUGCCAUGCCACUCUGGGGUCAACAGCAACAGUUUGACCAGGGGUUUAAUGCUCCACACCAAGGACCACCUCAUUGCCAACCCUGGAAUAACAAUCAUGAAGGGAUGUGGAAUGACCAGCGGGAACAAAAUUGGAACAACCAACGGGAUGCUCCUUGGAAUAACCAGCAUGAGCCAUCCUGGAAUAAUCAGUUUGAGCCCCCGUGGAACAACCAGCAUGAGCCACCCUGGGGAGGGCAGCGGGACCCACCAUUCAGAAUGCAGAGACCUCCUCACUUUCGCCAGCAGCCCCCAUUCCCACCACACCAACAGCACCCACCUUUCAACCAGCCUCCACACCCCCACAACUUUAAUCGCAUUCCUCCGCGGUUCAUGCAGGAUGACUUCCCUCCUCGACACCACUUCGAUCGUCCCCCAUAUCCUCCUCACCAUUUUGACUAUCAACAGGGAGACUUUCCACCAGAUAUGGGCCCUCCUCAUCAUCCUCCACACCGAAUGCCUCCGCCAGGAAUGGGAGAACCCCCUCCAUGGGGUGGGCCCCAACACCCAGAUUUUGCUGGUCCCCCUCCAGGUUUUAAUGGACAGCCACCCCAUAUCAGACGGCAAGGGCCCCCUCCACCACAGAUCAGCCCAGAUGAUCCUAGCCUGGUGCCCAACGUACCAUAUUUCGAUCUCCCGGCAGGAUUAAUGGCACCACUGGUGAAGCUGGAGGACCAUGACUACAAGGCUCUGGAACCUAAAGACAUGCGCCUUCCACCUCCAAUGCCACCUAAUGAGAGGCUUCUUGCUGCAGUUGAGGCAUUUUACAGCCCACCAUCACAUGACAGACCAAGAAACAGUGAAGGUUGGGAGCAGAAUGGGCUGUAUGAAUUUUUCCGAGCCAAAAUGCGAGCCCGGAGGAAAAAGGGGCAAGAAAAGAGGAACAGGGGGGGUCCAAGCACAUCUACACCUGGAACUAUGAAACCAGGACCUCGUUUGGAGCCCCAUGAGGCCAGUAGUGGAGUCAAAACGGAAAAGCGCGGGCGAUCAAAAUCCCGAAGUCGGUCACGGAGCAGGCGUUCAUCCUCUGGUUCAAGCUCAAGGUCUUCACGGUCCUCCCGCUCUUAUUCCAGAUCAAGGUCGCGGUCUCGAUCCCGUUCACGUUCUCGUUCAUAUUCCGGUUCACAUUCUAGUCAUAGCAGGUCAAGGUCAUCUCAGAGCAGGUCUCGCUCACGCUCUCGCUCACGUUCACGAUCCUUUUCACCAGGAAAGAGGAGAGUAUCAAGGUCACGGAGCCAGACUCCACCUCUGUCUCCAGGUCUCAACGGGAUGAGAGGAAAAGGAGGGAGGGAAAGAGAGACACAAAAUGUACAGAGAUUAAGAAACCUACAGAACCAAGAGAAUCUGAGAGUUUCAGGAGGAGAAAGAAAGAAAAGUUCCACAACAGGACUUGGAGGUGGUCCUGUCACCCUCACUCCUGAUCAGAGACUAGGGGAAGAAAACAAAGGACACCAGCUGUUAAUGAAGAUGGGCUGGAGUGGGUCAGGAGGACUUGGGGCAAAGGAACAGGGCAUUCAAGACCCAAUCAAAGGAGGAGAGAUUCGUGAUAAGUGGGACCAGUAUAAGGGAGUGGGUGUUCCACUUGACGACCCCUAUGAGAAUUAUCGAAGAAAUAAGAGUUACUCUUUCAUAGCUCGCAUGAAAGCAAGAGAUGAAACAGUGAAGAAAGAAAUACAGGAGCAGCCACCCCCAGAGUGAAGCAUGCUUAAGAUGAUGAAGUUGUGUUUGUUCUGCUUCAGAUGGUGACAUCACUCCCAUAAUCCAAUAAUAAGGACUUAGAAACCCAAGCUACUUCCUGCUGGACUGAUCAAUCAAAGGGGGGGGCCUCAAAGCCGAGUAUUUCAGGGCUGGGACAUGAGCAGAGGAUUAAAUCCCUCUUGAAUCUUCAUGUAGAUUGAAUAUACUGUAAUUUCAUUUUCACAUGGGGUAUCUGCUUAUACAAUGAUGUGUUUUUCCCAGUGUAUUUUUUUUUAGGUGAAGCAGUGCAAAGUUGUAGGCAUCAAUGAUAGGAUGAGAAUUUUUAUACUGACAAAUUGUAAAUGUUUGUGUUGGCCUAAAUUGGACAUUUUGACUGUCUCCUCUCUUGUGUAGUAAGGAAAGAAUCUGAAGUCUUGAAGUAUUUUCACUUGCCCUUUUAUGUUUGGUUAUUGAGAGAUGUGCCUGGAUUGUUAACACACUCUUGUUUGAUCAGUCACUAGACUAGACCUAAUGUGAACUUUUGUGAACCAUUUUAACCUGUUCAUCUGAACUGCAGGAGUAAAGUUUCUCAAUCAGUAAUUCUUUAA